GUGACACACAUGUUGUUUCCUUUUCCAGUUUCGAGAGAGUCAAGAGGCAGACGGGAGACUCUUUUACACAGCUGCUCCCCCGGCAGAGCAUCCACUCACAGGACAGGUUCUUAGCAUGGCCACCCCAAACUACAGCGUCACUCCUCCACCUGCUGAAAUCUCCAGCAACGGAACAGAUGCUGCUAUCAUCGGAGGUGUGAUUGCUGCCGUAGCCGUGGUCUUGCUCUGCCUCUUGGUAGUGAUUCUCCGAUACUUAUACAGACAUAAGGGGACCUACCACACAAACGAGGCCAAGGGAACAGAAUUUGCUGAAAAUGCAGAUGCUGCUUUGAAAAAUGACCCCAGCCUACAGGAUGCUGUGGAUGAAUCCAAAAAAGAAUAUUUUAUCUGAGUCUGAACCUUCAGCACACAGAAGGAUUGGUUUCUCAAAGCUCUGCUUCUUCCGUUGUACUUUAAAGGAUUUAAUGUGCAAAACACUACUGCAGUAUUCAUAAAAACUCCCGAAUCCUAAAGAACAAAGCAUCUUCUAUCUACGGAAGGUCCUAACACCAAAGUGCCCGACUGUGACCUCGCUCUGUGUCAUACCGGGAGAACCUACCUACCUGCAGUGUCACGUGUCUCAUGGAUCAUUUUUAUGCCACAGCCUCAGAGAAUUGAAUGGAUCUUUUCUACUUAGAACCAUUAACUAACGGCGGUGGAAUGGCACUACUCAAAAUUGCCACAUUCUCAGUUGUUAAUGGAAACAUCAUUUUAACGGAAGCUUAAACCAUCUUCAUUAUUUGUUUGAUUGCACCUUGAGCCUUUAAGUUCUGCUGGGGAGUGUGCAUCUUUCCUUAAAGCACUGAAAGGUUUAAAGCCUACAUUGAUGCAAAGAGCAAAUAGCGUUCCCUACAGCCUGACAUUCGCUGCAUAAUCACACUGCCAAGGUUUCUCCAUGCCGAGUUUCCCGGUAUACUGUGUGUAAUUGGCAUGUGAGACCUUGUGUCACAGAAUGUCCGUGAUACCACAAUGUUUUAUUAUAAACGCUUAUUAUCCUAAAGUUUAUUUAAAACACAUCUUAUCAUUUCACUUGCAGAUUGUAAAUACAAUAACUGGUAAAAUAUGGUAGAACCAAGCAGCGGCUGUUUGGAUGCUGGUAAAUGUGAGAAUAUCUACAUGGACAUAAAUAUUGGCUAUUCACUAUACAGGGAUGUCAUAAAUAUGCCCACAGAUAGAAAAUCCAUGCUACGGCAACAACGGGCACUCUCAGCCAGCGGAGGUGCCAAACUCGAAAGGUUGCUUCUAUCCCAAAUGCUACCAUUGUUUAAAUCCAAUGUAUUGAAGGGAACAGCCAACACAGGAAUGAUAAAUACACAUUAUUAAAAAGAUAUAAAAUGCUUUGACAAAUCAUAUUUUUUAUAGUUGUUAUACUUUAAUAGUUUGUUCUCAUUUGCAUGAUCAUAUGCUAAUUAAGUAUGUAUCAUUGGAGCAAUUUAUUCACAUGUUGGGCUGCACAGAAAUGUCACAAAGAGAAGGAGGUGACACGUUAGAAAUAUCUCAUGUUACAUACUGGAAAACAUAUGUGUUAAUAAUAUGUACACACGUGUUCCAUAAUGUAUGUGAUGCAGGCUCCUUCACUGGUAUGGCUGAUACAAGUUUAUUGAUACAAUAUUUCUUACAAAUGAAAAAUACACAGAUCUGAUGAUGACUCAAGAAUUUGCUCUCAUCUAAAAUGACUAGACAGGAAUCUAUUUACUAUGCACUGAACUGCAAUGAAAUGAAAUGGAAAUUGCAAAAUUCUGUACAACUGUCUUUUUAAUGAAUAAGCCCCCAUAGGAAUAUUGCCGACAAUUCUGUUACAUUCAAGGUCAUUAGCACUUAAUGUAGCCAAUCAGGAGUAGGUUUCUGUCUCAGCCAAUAGAAACUAAGAGUGUAAAGUAACCUUGGCACAACAUCUCCAUUAAAACAAUCUUAACGAGGAAUAUUGGGUAAAUAAUCAUUAAACCAUGAAUAAUGUACAGUAAGCAAGACAUAAUUAUAUUAAUCUAUGGAGAAAUUAACUGGAGACUUAUCUCAGCUUGAUGAAUAUGACUUUGUGGUUUUAUUUUGUGAAGCAAUAGGAUUUUUUUUACAGAUUUGAUACAUUUUUGAUAAGUGGUUUUCCAUCCAAAACAUAUUUUAAAAGUAAUUAUGUAGCGCUGUUUGAUAGAUUUAGGAUUAAAGUCUUUGACCUCCGAGUGUCAGUAUAAAAGGAUAUUCGGUGAAAGAGGUCUAGUUCUCCAUAUUCCCAGUAUAGCAGUAAUGUGAGCAGUGUGUUUUAUCAGACUAAUUAAGCCAUCUAUCCACUUACACUACAUGACAUGUUUAAAGGAUCUGAUUUCAUUUAUACACAGUUUUAACCAAAGUGCCAGCAAUGUAUAUAUACAAUGUGUUUUUUUUUACCUUAUAUAUUUGUACCGUCAGCCUAGAGGUAUGGGUAUGACAAGUAUGGUGGGUAUAUGUGCAUUCAUAUAUUCCCAUAAAGCGAGCAUGAAAUUAGCAUCCUGGAGGUGAAUGCGUGCUCGUACAGCCCCCAACAUUCAGUGAUCAUAACAUUUAACCUAUGUCUUUGCUAGAGACUUCCAUAGCUCAGAGUGCAGAUAGCAUGUUAGCAUCCUUGUCAUCCACACAUUUUUAUUGACAAGUCAAACUUUAUAAACUUGAAUACAGCUUCAACCUUUUUCUUUAACAUAAUUGCUACUAAUCGAGGUGUAAUGUUUGAUAUCAGAGGUGAUUGCGAUUUUCAAGCGAUAUGAUCCUCUGUAAUUUCUCAUUACAGAAGUCUUUAAUUCACACAUUAUCAGCCCAGAAUAAUUCAUUUAGCGCUGGAACACUGGCCCGUGACACCUUUAUUUUUGCUGGGAUUCAAACUUGGGUUGUUUCUGGCCAAGAUUUAUGUGAAAUGUCUCUAACAAGAUUUAGAGUUACAAGGAUUGACCUAACAUGAUGUCAUGGAACAGGCAGCUCUCCAGCUGCCGUUUAGCUCGAUGACUUACUGGCUACGCUAAGAAUUAUGGGUGGUAGAUUUUCGUUAAAACAUUUCAGCAAUAGCCGCAGCUGGAGAGACACAUCCAUUGGUUCUGAGUGACGUUUACUGACAUUACACAAUCUGUGUAGGACUGGCCCUGGUUUUAGCAUAAAUACAUAAUAAGAAAGAUAUAUCGUAUCAGUAUAUUCGAACACCAUUUAUCCCUCUGCUCGACUCUACAGCAAUAAACGUAAUGAUUACUAUUACUAAAUGAUGGACUGCUAUAUAUGGCAGAUAGAACUCUGUUAGAAAUACUAUCUAAAGAUACUGGUCCACGGGCAAGCUCAGAAUUAUUCAGGAAUCCGUCAGCGAGUUACAAAUAGUAGUUAAACUAAACGAAUUCUCCAACGUAUGUAUGGCCUCUAAUAAAACUAGUCUGUCCUUAACAUCUGCAGUUUUCCAGGGAACAGUUCAGCUUAGUGAAUAACGCUGAUUGUGACUUUAUGAUGAAAUUUGGAUACAGUCUAGAACCCGUGCUGACAGUUGGAGAAAGCUGCUUAAACAACAUCUGACUCCUUUUAGAGUUAUCUGUUUAAUUGCUGUCGUCCAGAGGUUUAACCCUUUAGAUCAGGGGUAGGCAAUCUUCGGCACUCCAGAUGUUGUGGACUACAUCCCCCAGAAUGCUCUGACACCCAUAAUGCUGGCAAAGCAUCAUGGGAGGUGUAGUCCAAAACAUCUGCAGUGCCGAAGGUUGCCUAUGCCUGCUUUAGAUGAUAAAAAUGCGAGUAACAUAUUCUCCAUUUGAGAAGAGAUUCCACCGCAAAGCUUUGUCAGUGCAAAAUGCAGCCACAAUCCCAUUACUACACUAUAUGGAGGCUCGAUCGUGUCUUCAUGUGCCAGUGUGCGCAUACUCCUUUGGCAUACAGAGUGUUAACACACCCGCAGCUUAGCCGUCAUCACUUUAACUAGGAUUGCUGGAUUUUAAUAGGGAUUCAAUGACUUAAUGUUGUUUUAUAUUUUAUAACUCAGAGACCUUUGAAUCAAUAAAGCAGUAUUACUGCAUUUGCAGAAUUAAAA